GGCCAAAAACAAGUACGCCAGCUAGCAGCCAUUUUAGGACUGUGCAGUGGAGGUAACGGCCGUUGGAUAACUAGCUGUCCGUGUGUUAUAUUUAACAGAUUAUUGACGUAGUGUCGAAUUUGCCGAAAGUGUGCUUAACCCGUGAUACAAUUUUAUUUUUUAAAAGAAAACGUCGUUUACCAAGUAGCUAUGUCUCGGGAUCGGUUCAGAAAUCGUGGAGGAGGAUUUCAGCGUCGGGGUGGCGGUGGCCCAGGAAUGAGAGGAGCAAUGGGUAGCCCACAUUUCAGAAAUCAGAAUCAACCUUUUCAGAACCGUGGACCUCCUCAACCUGGACCAGCUCUAACGAAACAACCUAACGUUAACAAUCAGGCCAAUCAACCAAAUCAAGUCACUCCUCAAAAGCCACCAGGGCCUGUUGUUGGACAACCUGGCGUCCAAGUACAUCAGUCUCCCAUCGCUCCUCAGAACAAAACACCAACGCCGCAGGCCGGCAACGUUAAUGCAAAUGCAGGCCCGCCGAAGAUUCAAUCGCCUCCUCCCGUUAAGAAAGACUUUACUUCUCCACAGAGCCAUGCAAACAACAAAAAUCAGCACAAACCAGGAGCUGGUAACGACCAUAAACCAGGCCCUGGUAUGAACAAGCCACAACCUAACGUUAACGCCACCCAACCAAAGCCUGACAACGACCAGGGCGACCAGCCUCAUGAAUUGAAAGCCACGUUGUCCUUGCUUCGAAGACCCGGUGAAAAGACGUACACUCAGCGAUGCCGCCUCUUCAUUGGAAACCUGCCUAACGAUAUAACUGAAGCUGAGUUUAAAAAGUUGUUUGCAAAAUAUGGGGAGCCUAGCGAGAUAUUCAUCAACCAAAGCAAAGGGUUUGGCUUCAUCCGACUGGAGUCGCGGGCUUUGGCUGAGAUUGCUAAAGCAGAACUGGAUGAUGUGCCGAUGAAAGGACGGCAGCUUAGGGUGCGGUUUGCUACACACUCUGCUGCCCUGUCUGUGAAAAACCUCUCUCCUUUUGUGUCUAAUGAGCUGCUGGAUGAGGCCUUUUCUCAGUUUGGAUUGGUGGAGAGAGCAGUGGUUAUUGUUGAUGACCGUGGAAGGUCAACUGGCAAAGGCAUUGUUGAGUUUGCCCACAAGCCUGCUGCUAGGAAGGCCAUUGACCGCUGCAAUGACGGCGUGUUCUUGCUGACCACGACACCACGCCCAAUUGUUGUGGAACCACUUGAACAGUAUGAUGAUGAGGAUGGAUUGCCAGAAAAACUUGCACAAAAGAACCCCAAAUAUCAGAAAGAACGCGAGCAGCCUCCCCGCUUCGCCCACCGUGGCACAUUUGAGUUUGAGUACUCCCAACGCUGGAAGUCUCUGGAUGAGAUGGAGAAGCAGCAGCGACAACAGGUUGAGAAGAACAUCCGUGAGGCACGGGAGAAGCUGGAAAGUGAAAUGGAGGAUGCCUUCCAUGAGCACCAGGCGAACAUGCUGCGCCAAGAUCUGCUGAGGCGGCAGGAGGAGCUUCGCCGCAUGGAGGAGAUGCAUAACCAGGAAAUGCAGAAACGCAAAGAGAUGCAGCUCAGACAAGAGGAAGAGCGCCGAAGGCGUGAGGAGGAGAUGUUGCGGCAGCGAGAGAUGGAGGAGCAGAUGAGACGCCAGCGUGAAGAAUCCUACAGGAUGGGAGGCUUCAUGGGUGAUAGAGAGCGGGAGAUGAGGCUGAAGACGGGUGCUGGCAUCUUGGCAGACACUCCCUUUGGCACACCAAAUGCGAAGUUCUUGGGUGGGCUUGGCUUCGAUGGGGGCAUUGGCGGUGCUCCAUCUGGUGGACUAAUGGGCGAAAUGCGAAAUGAGCGCUUCCCUCAGGGAGGCCCGGGAGGCCCAAGAGGUAUGGGCCCGAAUAACCCAGGGUUUGGGCGGGUGCGCGAGGAGUUUGAUGGGCCUGCCAAGAAGCCUCGGUUUUAAAGCUAUUAUCAGUUCUUUUUGAUAAAAUGCGCUUUGUCUAGAGAUUGAGUCAUAAUUUGCUGUAUAUGAGGACUAUAUUACAUUUUAAGCUUGAAGUCUUGUCUGUUUUGUGGCAAAGUUCCUUUUUUUGCAUUUUAUGUUGUGCUUGGAUAGAUGGAAAUCUUUAAGAAAUUAGUGGUCAUUUGACCUGCCCUUCCCCUUGUCAUGUCCCUCCACUAUAUCAUGCUCUGUGAUGUGACGUGACGGUAUAUUUCCACUUACCUUUCUAUGGUUGUCUUUUGUUUUGUGCCAUUUAACUUUUGAAGUAAACCCUGUAACUUCACAAUAAAGAGUACAGACGGUUAUUUCCAAACAUUCUAUGUUGGUUUUGGUAGUUGUGCUAAUGGCUAACUAGUUAUGAGGCACAGAUGGGAGGGGGGCGUGCUUUCAUAAAACUGAUCCGUGCAGUGGAUUUCAGCAGCAAAAAUCCUAUUCUAUACUGUGCUUUGGCAUGGUAGUUGGAUGGGUUUGACGAAGAGCACAACAAGAUUGGAGAGGAAUUGAUAAAUUGCACAAAACUUGUUCUAACAAAGUAUUUCAAUAGUAGGCCUAGUUAUCCCAAAAUUGUGUAAAAUGAAUUGUACAAAAUUGUAUAAAAUUAUUUGUAAAUCAAAACAGAAUAACGUUGUAGAUGACAGACCUAACCGCUUGCCUAAACGACUAUAGGCUAAAUUUGAAUUGAUGAAAUGGCCUGUUUUUAAACAUCACAACACUUGAUUAUAUUAUUACUCUUGGCACGACUUGGCAUUUCUUUAUGGUGACAUUUCAAUAUUGUAUGCACUUAAAAGAAACUAGCCUGAGAAAGUAACAACCCUUUUGUGUUACUUCCUUCUGCUAAGUAGUCUUACUGAAAGUCAGUACUAGCUUGGAAGACCCUUUAAUCUAUAGACAGUAAAAGGGGCUACUGCCAUCACAGAUUCUCGCAAUAAGAAUUGGGCUAAAUGAGCUGUUUUGUCACCUUGUACAUAUAAAACAAAAUCUAAAAAGGCUCCUUUUAUAGUCCUGUAGUUUAAAGAGCAUUAGUCUGUGGGCAAUUGUGAGGUUUAAAAAAACUAAAUAAAUGUAUCAGUUGAAAUAAUGCCAGACAUGGAAAUGCUUCAAACAAUGAACACUAGUCAGUGUGAGUUCCCAAACUGGACUACGUAAUGAUAAAUGUGUUUCUGAGAGUAAUAAAGUAUCAAUGAGAA